AUGUCAGAGGAUUGUGAAUGGAGAUUUAAGGCUUCUAGCGUUAACAAAUCACAAAUGUUUAAAGUGAGAGAGUUCAAUGAUAAGCAUACAUGUCCGUUGAAGGAUAAGGUGUAUGAGCAACGUCAAGCAAGUAGUAGUCUUAUCGAUGGUAUGAUUAGGUCCAAGCUUACUAAUCAUAAGAGGAAAUACACCCCAAAGGAUAUAAUUGAUGAUGUGAAAUCAGAUUUUGGUGUAGAUGUUAGUUAUAUGUUGGCGUGGCGGGCUAAAGAAAAGGCAAUAAAUUUUUUGAGAGGUAAACCGGCUGAUUCAUACAAUAAAUUACCAGGGUACUUAUAUACAAUGGAUAUGACAUAUCCUGGUUCACACAUAAGAAUGGUAAAAUCGCCACAAAAUGAGUUCAUGUAUGUGUAUAUAUCUUUGUAUGCCUUUAUAAAGGGGUUCGAUCAUUGUAGACCCAUUGUGGUUGUGGAUGGAAGCCACCUAAAAUCGACAUACACCGGGACAUUCGUCUCGGCCAGCACGUUGGAUGGCGCAGGUCAUAUAUUGCCACUAGCAUAUGGUGUUAUUGAUUUAGAGAACGAUGUUGCUUGGUUAAGGUUCUUUGAGCAAUUCAAGGAAGCAUAUGGUGAGAGGGAAAACAUGUGCAUCAUUUCAGAUAGAAAUGAGAGCAUUAUCAAAUUUGUAUCGAGAGUGUAUCCAAUGGUACCACAUUUUACUUGUAUAUGA